GUCAACAUCAUAUACUAAUUACUGCCACUGACAAGUUACCACUUAAAUUAUGAAGUUAUCUUUUACUGUAUUAGACGUAAGGUGUUUCCUUUCAACGUUGGAGUACCCACCAAGUAUAACUGAUAUUGGAAAGAAAAAAGCAUUGAGAAAGUUUUGCCAGUCUUUCAAACUAGAAGAAGAUGCCUUGUAUUAUGUUGGGCCAAAAAAAGUUGAAAGACGCAGAGUGUUAUUCACAGAUGAGGAAAAGGAGCAAGUCUUCAAAGAGUGCCAUGACUCUCCUCAAGGGGCACAUGUAGGCCGCAAAAAAACCAAACACAAAAUAAAGACUCGUUAUUACUGGAGGGGCUUUGAUUCAGACAUUGAUAGAUGGGUUGAACAUCUUCAAAGAAACAGUGAUAUUUAUGAAAUAUGUGACAUUACGGACGAAGAUAGGGAACGAGUACACUGCACAGGUGGUAGAAAAAAUGACAUCUAUUCAAGAAAAGCUUUCUACUGUAAUUCGUCUCCCCAAGCAUGUCAUGUUCCUUCUAGCACACGUCCUUUUAAGGUGGCUCCACCUCCAGAACACGGAGUGGCAGAUACUCCAGUGGGUAGCCUCCAGACUGUUUUGGCUGUGGGACGGUCCAAAGACCUGUUUGUCACACCCUGGAACGCCAAGCUCUCGUCACACAUAACACUCUUGCUGGCUCCAGGAGCCUGGACCAGGGACGCCUUGUCGAUCCCGUGA